AUGGCCGCCUCUCGUGUCUUCGCUCAGCGCCUGGCCUCGACCAUGAAGGUCGCUCGCCCUGCCGCCCGCAUCCAGGCCCGUACCCUCACCACCCAGCGCAUGGCCACCCCCUUCCAGACCAUCAAGCGCCAGCAGCCCUCCAUGAUCCAGGCCUCCGCCCGCCAGGCCUUCGGUGCCCGCCGCCAGUACUCCUCUGAGAUCGCCGACGCCAUGGUCCAGGUCUCCCAGAACAUCGGUAUGGGCUCUGCUGCCAUCGGUCUCGGUGGUGCCGGUAUCGGUAUCGGUGUUGUCUUCGGUUCCCUCCUCCUUGCUGUGUCCCGCAACCCUGCUCUCCGCGGCCAGCUCUUCUCCUACGCCAUUCUUGGUUUCGCCUUCGUCGAGGCCAUCGGUCUGUUCGACCUCAUGGUUGCCAUGAUGUGCAAGUACGUUUAA